AUGGCAGGAGGUUUUGGCAUUGACGUCAGUAAGGCUGACAAAGUAUACCCCGGCCACCUCACUCCUUAUGUAAUGGUAACUUGCCUUGCUGCGGCUUUCGGUGGCUUGAUCUUCGGAUAUGAUAUUGGCAUCUCUGGUGGGGUGACAUCUAUGGCACCCUUUUUGCAGAAGUUCUUCCCGUCUGUGUAUCAUAAGGACGCCAUAGAUAAAUCUACCAACCAAUACUGCAAGUUUAAUGAUAAGUACUUGACUCUGUUUACUUCUUCUCUAUAUUUGGCUGCCCUUUUUGCAUCUUUUAUUGCUUCAAGGGUGACAAGGACAUUGGGCAGAAGGAUGUCCAUGCUUCUUGGCGGCUUGAUCUUCUUCAUUGGAGCUCUUCUCAAUGCUCUUGCUCAGGCUAUCUGGAUGCUUAUUGUUGGUAGACUUUUGCUGGGUAUUGGUGUUGGUUUCUCCAUUCAGUCAAUCCCACUGUACGUAUCAGAAAUGGCUCCAGCCAAGCAUCGUGGUUCUCUGAAUGUUAUCUUCCAGUUAGCCAUUACAAUAGGCAUAUUCGCUGCCAAUUUGGUUAACUAUUUCACUUCCAAGAUCAAAGGAGGCCACGGAUGGCGUUACAGUCUGGGCGGUGCCAUGGUUCCUGCCGCAUUCAUCUUCGUCUCUGCAUUAUUUCUCCCCAACACUCCAAACUCCAUGUUGGAGCAAGGUGAUAAAGAGAAGGCCAGAGCCAUGCUUAAGCGCAUCCGCGGCGUCACUGACAAGGAAGUCGAGGCCGAGUUUGACGACAUAUUGGCUGCCAGUGAAGCCUCAAAGCAAGUGAAACAUCCAUGGAGGAACAUUUUUAAAAGAAAAUAUAGACCCCAAUUGAUCAUGGCUGUACUCAUUCCCUUCUUUCAACAGCUAACUGGAAUCAACGUCGUCAUGUUUUAUGCCCCUGUGCUGUUCAAAACAAUCGGCUUCGGAGACAAAGCCUCUCUCGGAUCUGCCCUCAUUACUGGUAUCAUCAACAUGUUGGCAACGCUAAUUUCAGUUUAUGGUACAGAUAAAUGGGGCAGAAGGGCUUUGUUCCUUGAAGCUUUUAUCGGAUGGAAAUUCGGAGUCUCCGGAAACGUAACCGAGCUGCCGAAAUGGUAUGCAAUUCUUUUGGUGAUCUUCAUCUGCUGCUACGUCGCUGCCUUUGCCUGGUCAUGGGGGCCGCUGGGUUGGCUAGUGCCGAGUGAAAUUUUCCCACUGGAGAUUCGGUCAGCCGGGCAAACCGUCGUCGUCACUGUAAACAUGCUGAUGACUUUCCUGGUCGCUCAACUGUUCCUCAACAUGCUUUGCCACAUGAAGUUCGGCUUGUUCAUCUUCUUCGCGUUUUUUGUCGCUGUCAUGACUUUCUUCAUCUACUUCUUCUUGCCUGAGACCAAGAACAUUCCCAUUGAAGAGAUGCAACAGGUUUGGAGACAACACUGGUUUUGGAAGAGAUUCAUUCCCGAUGAACAUCCUCAAGUUUAG